AUGUACUGCAACAUAAGUAGUAACAGUGUCAGUAGCUCACUACAGGAUGGCACUGGUAGCCUUGGUAGUAGCGUAGUUGAUAGUAUUGGUUGUGUUGGUAGUACUGUUAACAAUGGUAUCGGUGGUAGUGGUGGCACUAGAAGAAACCCGGUACUACAUGGUCGCCGAAUGUCUUGCCAACACAUCUUCAACACAAAUGUUGAUCACAUUGACCUCGUUAUUCAAUUGAUCCAUCAUGUAAACUUUAAUGACCCAGCUCUCUAUAAGAAUAUUUGUCAUAAAUUGCUUGCACAACAAGCUUGCCAUGUAUUUUUCAUUAGCAAGCAUCGGCCAUUGUUGGAUUGUGACGGAUGGCCAUAUUUGGAAGUAGGAAUAAAGAAGAAGAAGAAGAAGAAAGAGAUAACUAAUCAUUCAAUAAUGUCAUUCUUUGAUAUCUUUCGUCAAAGAUAUAUUAGUCAAUUAAUAUUUAGACAUGUUGAAGAGAUAUCUAUCAAUCAACCAACAUCAUUAAAAGGUAGAGAUAUUGUAAAGUUACCAUUUCUUGGGAUGAUAUCUACCUAUGCAAUGCCAUGGGACUUUAUCAAACAUUACUUGUCAACAAGAGACCAUUUUAUAAAAAAGAGAAGAGCCAAUGUGAUUACAUCAUAUUGUUCUCAUCGUAAUGCUAGAGUAGACACAUUUCAAAGUCUUCUCGAUUGGUCACCUGAUUACGACCCAAGAGAUUGUUCUGUCGUAUCACACUAUAACACACUUUCAAGUAGAAUUGCUGGACAUGGGAAUAUAGAUCUAUUAAAAUUCCUCAUCUCUACCUAUCCAGAUUUACCAUUACAAGAGACAUUCAAGUCUGCAGCUGAAGCUGGUCAUUUAAACAUCAUAGAAUAUUUAAAUAAUACUACAAAACAUGCAUUCUGUUGCAAAGCUGUAAUGGAUAUAGCUGCUGCAAAUGGUCAUUUAAAUGUAGUAGACUAUUUACAUCGAAAUAGAACUGAAGGUUGUACGAUUUAUGCAAUGACAAUUGCCGCUCAGAAUUGUCAUUUAAAUGUGGUACAAUAUUUACAUCAAAAUAGAAUUGAAGGAUGUAAUAAAGAAGCAAUUGAUAUAGCAUCAGAGAAUUGUCAUUUUAAUAUUGUUAAAUUUCUAAUUGAAAAUCGUACAGAAGGAUGUUCAAAAGAUGCAAUUGAUAAUGCGUCAAAGAAUGGACAUUUAAAUAUAAUUCAAUAUCUUGAUUCAAAAGGAAAGAAAUGUACAACCAAUGCUAUUGAUUGGGCAUCACAGAAUGGUCAUUUUGAAAUAGUAAAGUGGUUAUAUAACAACAAAAACUCGGGAGCAUCUAAAUUUGCAAUGAAUUAUGCUGCAAACUUGGAGAUAUUAGAAUACCUUCACAAUAUUGGUCAAUCAUGUAGUACUACUGCUAUGGACAAUGCCGCCAAAAUUGACUUGGAAAUGGUUAAAUUCCUUCAUACAAAACGUACAGAAGGUUGUACAACAAAUGCUAUAGAUAAUGCAUCAAAAAAUGGUCAUUUAAAUAUUAUUAAAUAUUUAAAUUUAAAUAGAACUGAAGGAGGUACAGAGAAAGCAAUUGAUUUUGCAGUAGAUGGUAAUCAAAGUAUGGAAAUGAUUCGAUAUCUUGAUGAUCAUUUGAGACAAGGAUGUUCACAUCAUGCAGUUGAAAUUGCUGCAUCCAAAGGUAGACUAGAUGUCAUCCAAUUCCUACAUCAACGAUAUCCUUCAUCACCAGAUAUUUGGACAACUAAAGUCAAUGACAAUGCAUGUCAAGCGGGGCAUUUGGAAAUUGUUACUUUUCUUUUUGAAAAUCGUACAGAAGGUUGUUCAAUCGAUUCAGUAAUUGGAGCUACUCAAAAUAAUCAUUUAAAUGUUUUAAAAUAUUUACAAUUACAACCAAUAGUACAAAACAAUAGAUUCAUUUCAACGAAUACAUUGAAUUUAGCAAUUGAACAAUGUAAUUUGGAAAUGAUAGAAUUUUUAUAUAUAUAUAGUCAUCGUACAUCUAAAAGUAAAAGAUGUGAUGUUGGAUCAUUGACUAGACAUCUCAGACUUGAAGAUAUAAACCAUCGUGUACCUAGAAACUUUUUUGAUGUUUUAACAUUCCUAUUUACAAACCAUAUGAUCAAAGAAAUACCAAACAGUUCAAUAGAACAUAUCGAAUCACUUGGACUCUACGAAAUUGUCAAUCUAUACAAUCAAUACAAUCAAUCUCAAAAAAAGGAAAUUGAUAGAAAAAGAAAAAUGAAUCGAUUUGAUUUUUUCUAA